AUGUCUUCGGAGUACUCGUUCUGCAGCGAAGGCGGCUUCGACGAGCUAUCGAGCUCUUCCAAAGAGGAGAAGCGGAAGAAGACUCGGAAUACACGGUGCAAGAGCCCUACACAAGUGCUCAGGCUGAAAAGGAACCGUCGUAUAAAGGCGAACGAUCGCGAACGGCACAGGAUGCACACCCUGAACGACGCGUUGGAACGGCUAAGGAUGGCGUUGCCGACCUUCCCGGAAGACACUAAGCUUACGAAAAUCGAGACCCUUCGGUUCGCCCACAACUACAUCUGGGCGCUGUCCCAAACCCUAGGGAACGCGGAACCGGGCGAGAUCACCGUGAACGUGGGCAACGUGACAGUGAGCAUCAGCGAUAACGGGAACAUGAUCACAUCCUCGACAGGAAGCUGCGCGGUGGCGGCCCAAAAGCGACUCGGACCGUCUCACACGCCGUUCCCCUAUCCUCAGGAGAGAUUCGUACCCGAGUGGCAAGAGUACGACUGUUACAGCGACCAAAGUGUCAGCCCGCCGAUGCAGCAGUACCAUCAACCCUGUUACGAUCAGAGGAUGUACCACGCGCAGCAUCAGCUACCUCAGCCCUAUCACAUGGGCCACACCAGCAUGUAUCAGUGUCUUUAG